CAAAGUAAAAAUCAUACUCGUUUACCGAAUCGAUUAACUUAAAUUUAAAUAUCCGCGCCGAUAAGCCUUGAAAUCGCGCACAUUUGAACCACAACAAAAAUCGGUUUCGUUUCACAAUUUUAAACUUUAAACAAACUUGAAGUCAAGUCAAGGCCCUCGACCGCCGCCGUACUCUAAUUUUUUAUUGAUAUUUUUAAUAACAAAGAACCUUGCCUUUCCAGCGGGGAUAUUUCAGGGUUAGCAUGUAUCAAAGUUUGAAAGAAGAACAUUCUGCUGCUGGGUAUUUGUGUUUUAUAGCGCGUCUUCUAGAAAUAGCACACGUUUAUUUAGAAAUUUGGGUCAGAUGUAGUGUAAGUGUAUAGUUAGGAUUGGUUUUGGCGUUAUCAAGUAUUUGUGAUAAAUCCUGCAAUAAAUAGAUUUGAAGAAAUAAUAUACUUGGUUUGGAAAUAAAUAUGAUGGAACAUGAUGAAAGUGAUUGUGGCGUUGAUAAGGACUCAAUUAACAAUAAAGAUAUUCCAUCCAAACACCAUAUCCAACUAUGCCACCACAAACAAAAAUCAAAUUGGGACUGUGGUAUUUCCUGUGUUCUAAUGGUACUGCCAAAUAAACAUCGACAACAUCUAAUGAAAAAUUUAAGCAAAAUAUGUAAAAGUGAAGGAUUCAAUAAAAGCACUUGGACAAUAGAUUUGUGCUACCUAUUAAAAAUCUACAACAUAAAACAAACAUUUUACACUGUCACUAUUGGUGUACACGAAGGUUAUCGUGGCAAUAGCUUUUAUCACCACAUAUUAACAAAAGAUGAAACUCGAGUUAAUCUCAAAUUCCAAGAAGCCUCAAACCACAAUAUACCGGUCAAAAAAGCCUCAAUAUCCAUAAUACAUAUCAUCGAACAAUUAGUUAACGGACCAAUAAUAAUUUUAACUAACGCAAGACUUCUUUACUGUGAUAUUUGCAAAUCCAAUAAGAUAUCGAAUGAACUGCGCAAGUGUUUACCAUGGCCCAUCACCUAUCAAGGACAUUAUGUGGUACUUUGCGGAUAUGACAUUGAAAGACAAAAAGUGUUUUAUAGGAAUCCAUCUUUCGGAGAUCAUGUGUGUGCAAUGUCUGUUUCAAAUCUCGAGGAAGCCAGGAAGAGUUAUGGUACUGACGAAGACAUUAUUUUUAUUUAUAAAUAAAUAAUUUUCAUACAUUUUGUUUUGUGAUUUUCCAGUUAAAAUACUGAAGACUGUAUAAUAAUCAAUCAUUCCAAAAAUGCUAUUUAACCAUGAAGAACUAUUGAUCAUUUGAAAAUUGGUCUUCUUAUUUCUAGACAAUUGCGCUAAUGAUUCUAUUAUUAUAGUUUCUGUCUGCUUUUUACAUAUCUGUUUUGCUUUUUUUUGUCUCUCCUUUCACUUGUCUUAUUGGAUAAUUUAAUAAGCUUCUUCCUUCUUCCAAUAUCAAAAUCACAUAUUUUUAACGUUUAAUUGUACUUUAUUGAUACUUGACGGGAGUAUUUUUUCAAUAUUAAUUAAUAAUUAUGUUAAACUAGAUUACAACAAUUAAGCAGAAAAUAUUUGGUACUGAAAUGAGAAUACUUAAAGCCAUUAAUAUGAUAACGAAAAAAAUAUUACAACAUAUUUAACAAUCAAUCCUGGGUGGUAAUGAAUAAAUUAUCCAAAUUUCCAUCAAAUAAUUAAAACUACACAAUAAACAAUAAAAGAACCUAAAAUAAUAAUUUUAUCACUUAGAAAUAAAUAAAUUCGAAUAAAGAAUGCCCCUAAAUACUUGCACAACAACCCAAAAUUAUAAAAAAAUCCCUUUUUUUUUGUAUAAAUUGGUUGCUUAAUAAAGCUAUAAGUAAGUGUAAAAAGCUCAAAAACUCCGAAGCCUAAGAUUAGUCCCUCAAUUUCUUGACUAACUAUAAUUUGAAUUGUAAAAUUUUUGGAGAUUCUAAGUUAAAAAUCAGUCCUCAAUAAAAUUAUUGUUAUUUUGAAUAAUGAGCAAUAUUAAUUAUGAUAAUCUCAAAAGUGAUGUUUCAAAUUAACCAACUAAAAUUAAUGCAUAUUUUUAAUUUACACAAAUUAAUCCUUACUCUCUAUGUGGGAGAAUCUUUGCAAAUUCUGGAAGCCAUCUCUUGUAACGGUUCUAGCUCUCUUCUAUUCACUAGGUUGUUUUCGGUGACAAAAUAGUAGAAGUGCUUGUAGCAAGUGU